AAGUUGAUACAUGACUUUGGUAUAUUCGAUCAACGAUAUAUCAGACUGUCUCUUAUGAUAGCAUUGACAUUAUAAAGUUGAUAUAACACUUCUCCAACAAGUAUCUCACAUGUUGAAUAUUAUAGCUCAUCAUCUUGAUUUAGCUUAAGCUGUGUAUUUGUAUUGAAAUACAAGAAAUACGUUAACUGUUACAAUACAAUUCUAAUUGAGAAAGAAGUUUGAAAUCAAUCUGUAACAAUGGGUACAGCAGCAAGUAUGCUGGAUAAAGUUGAAAGAAUUCAUCAGUUCGAAGAUCUGGAAGAACGAAUUCAAGAACUCAAACUCGCAAAGUCGAGCGAAGAAAAAAUAUUCCCAUUGGUUCGUUACAAUACAGAACAUUUCUACUUUUACAAACUUGCGGUACAGAGCUUGCUACUUUUGCACACCAACAACUACAAACGGUGCAGCGAAGUGCUGGCAAACCUACACUGCUGGUCUCUGAAGAAAGUUCCAGAAUCUGACGAGGUCGCUUCUUUGUUUGAAGAAUUUCUCAGCGAGAUUUCCUUCUGUAAUGUCGGAUUCAAGAAAUACAAAAGUCUGCUACAGACUUUUAAAAUUAAAAGUUUCGGAGAGGCUAAGAAGAUCGAACUCCCAGAAGACAAUAAAAAAAUUGUGCCUGCGGAGGUCCUAGAAGUUGUUCUCAAUCUCCGGCGUAUUUGGCUGUUGUUUUCUAGACCAGGCAAGAAGUUCGCCAAGCAGCUGGCGUCGUUUGGUGUGGUGUAUGAGCUGGCAAUGGAGAUUCGCAAGAUGCAGGCUAACGAUGAGAACCUAACACGGGAGGACCACGCCGCGACAGAAACAGCUUUUGGAAUUAUCCUGAACAUCGCCAAGAUGAAGGAGAAACCUAUAGCCAUGAAGGACUCCAAACUGUUGAACGCGUUAGACAAAAUUGUUGGCAAUCAGAGCGGUUACAUCCUGAACGUGAUGGCCCUAGUUAUCAUUGUACUCAGCACUGACGGCGCCAUGAAGCGACGUAUCCCACCCUGUGAGCACCAGAUAGACCCGCUCUUGUUGCUUACCAUGAGCGCCUUGAAGAACAACAACUAUACAGAAAACCCCACAGCAGCGGAUCUGAUCAAAACACUGGCAGCCCUAUGUAGCAUGACAUCCCUGUGGUCUAAACUUUCCAAAUCUAAACAAACGCUACACAAAAUAUGUCAGGAGGUCUUCACGAAAGCCAACGAACAAUUGAAGGACCAACAUCCGGACGUUCACGAGGCACUGACCGUCCAUACUUUAAUGGUCAUUAGGGAGAUGUUGAAAAACCUCGGGGAGAAGGAAAUCGCCAACUACACAAGCAAAAUUAAUGCAUGUGCAAGCGACAGCAAUGAAAAGAUUAAAAAAGUAGCCAAAGACGUUUUAUGGCAGUUGAAUAAAAAAAAUACAAAUUCAUUUGAAGGCGAUGAAAAUGUACCAAGAUUCAAUAGCCUACGAAAGAGACAUCAGCGUAGAAACUUGCAUGUGAUGAUCAGCUACUGCCACGCUGAGGCUGACUUUGCCAAGAAGCUGAAUAAGAAAUUAAAUGAAUAUGGCAUCAAGACGUGGAUAGAUGAGAAAGACAUCAGGAAACAAGGGUACUCAACUCUUGACGCUAUGGCUGAAGCGGUAGAGAACUCUGCUGUUGUACUCGUUUGUUGCUCCAGGAAUUAUCUGCAAAGUAGAAGUUGUCAGAUGGAGGCCGAGUACGCUCAUACCCAACACAUACCACUCAAGUUCCUGAUGGUCCAAGAAGGUUACAUGACUCCCACAGGAUGGCUGGGGAUUUUGCUGCGGGCUCACAUGUACUACAAUUUUACUCUUCCCCCCAAUUUUGAUGAGACUUUCGCAACGUUGGUGGAAAAGAUCAAGAAAGAAUGCAAGGACAAUCCAAUGAGUUCAGGAGCAACAAAAUGAGCCAAGGAUAUGGGUGCAUCAGAUGGGUGUUAUCACAGAUAAAACGGUUGUUAAAACAGAUUGUCAUUCUUAUUUUGUUUUAGAAAUCUUUUUGUAACUAGCAACUAAAAUAAACAUAUAAAAUAAACAUAAUAAACAUAA